ACAAAUCAGAAGCCAGAGAGUGUUCUCAAACACUUAGAAAAGCUUAUUUCACUUAAUGUGAAGUAAAUCUGUCAGUCAUUAAAUGCUAAAAUGUUAAAAUGCUGAAAUUAAUAUGUGACAUAACUGAUUAUAAAUCAUUAUUAAAUCAUCAAUUGGACUUAUUUGAUAUAUUUAAGAUCUGAAAUAAUAAUAAACAUUUAUGUUGAUUCGUUCAUUACUGUGUCCACGUAGGGUCGCUGGGGGGCUGGUGCCUAUCUCCAGCGGUCAAUGGGCGAUCAGGCGGGGUACACCCUGGACAGAGAGCCAGUCCAUUGCAGGCAUUAUUAAAUCACUGUAGAUAAAACCACCCACGAUUGUAAUCAACCUGUAAAAUCCUCUCUAGCAAAGCAGGAAGUCCAGGCAGUCUCCACACACAUUCCCCGGCUGUAUGAACUGAUGAUGUCACAAUGUCAGCAAGCAGCUCUAAACUGUCCUCUCUGUUGUCAACUCAUGCUCUCAAACUUGCCUGUGGUUACUGCUGUCACCAGGAAAAUGAAAUUACGUACACCCUGAGGCCAGUUCAGCACCAGUGCCAGUGCACCGUCCUGCUCUGCAAAGCCAAAGAUGGCAGCAAAUGGAGGCCCAUUUCUAAACGCCCCACAUUUCCAAUCCCAAGCAAAUAUAAAGUGUGCUGGCACUUUAAGGAGAACUUUGGGUGCACAGUGCACAAGAAUCGUUGCACCUUUGCAAGAAGCCAAGAAGAAGCUGCUGUGUGGAUGUUUGAAAGACAGCAAGGACUGGACCACCAGCUUCUCUGUGAUAUGGUAGCUCGGACCGGGAGGGAACCCCAGCAGGCCAACAGGACAGAACCUCUGCAGGAGCUUCAUGCUCUCAUAGACCUGAAGGUGGUUUGUGAUUUGUGCUCCAACAAGGUGAAUGAAAUUACGUACACACUUCAUUCAGUUAUACACAAGUGUGCUAAAAAUCUGCUUUUGGCCAAAGGCAGAACCUCAAACCACUGGAGGUCCAUUUGUGAGCGACCCACUGGUGGUAACAUGGGUCCUAAUGUUCUCUAUAAAGCGUGUGACUACUACGUAGAGGGCUCUGGAUGUUCACAACACAAACUGGGCCGGGGAUGCUCUUACGCCAGAAGCUCUGAGGAGGCCAUGGUUUGGAACUAUCUUAGAGAGAAGAGAAUGGAUAAGAGUGAGUUAAUCAGACUGAUGAGUGAGUCGGACCCUGACUCGGAGACACCAGAAUCUGCAGCUGAGAAAAUACUUCACAGGUUUUCUGGUGAGUUCACAGAGUUCUGCCAAGAAUGUUUGCUUGAAUGUCCCAUGAGACUAACAUCCAAGCGGUGGAACGAAACAUGUGCUGCAGACACGGCACACACCUGGAACCCAGUCUUAGUCCAUCACCUGUCAGAACAUAGCACAAAGCAAAUCUACAGCCAGAUCCGCCCUCGUCCCCAAAACUGUCCUUUUGAGUACUGCAGCCAUGUCAGACAAGGCAAACCCUGCUGGCACAAGGUCGGCCGCUGCAGGUCUGCCCAGAGCGAGGUGGAGAUGGUCGUGUGGAAGGCAGAGCACAGCGGGCUCUCUGUUCGGCCUCAUCUCCUUCAGCUGAGCCUUCCGAAGCAGACCCGGUCCACACAGGUCACCAUCUUCUGUAAAGUGUGCCUCCUGGCGCUGUCCUCCCCUGAGAGUUUCUACAGGCACUGCUCCUCAUUAGAACAUGCCCAGCUUCUCUCCCAAGACACCACCACCAAGUGGAAACAGCGUCAGCCUCCUCACAACCGGCGAGCUGAGUUCUGGUUCUGUGGCAGACCACAAAGCUGUGAAUAUGGGGACAACUGUCCUAAAGCUCAUUCAGAGGCGGAGCUGCAGGAGUGGGUGAUGCGUGCUGCAGAAGAGAAGGAGAUCAGAGACACCAUCCAAGUCCAGGGUCUCAUGUGUUAUAAUCAGAACCUCCUGGAAGAGUACAGGAACAGCAGCAAUGAAGUCUACAUUCUGUGUGAACAAGUUGACGAUGUCACCAUCUGUUGUGAUGAAGAUUUAAAUGUAGAGAUUGAAGAGACCAACGCAUCUGGAACGCAACACAGGUGGAACUUCAGAGCUGAAAGUGAGAGGCAGCUAGAGCAUGUGGCGCUGCUGAAACAGGAACCAGGAGCUUCCUUCAGUCUGGGUGACCACAGCUCCGAGCCGUGCAUCUACUCAACAGGGAAAAGCUUCCUCACUAAUGACACAACUUACACCUUCACCGUGACUUUCACAUCCAUACACCCAGGCUUGUACGAACAGUGGUUAGUGCUGGAUUUUGGCAUGAGACCAGUUCUCUUGAAGAAACUUAGAGUAAGAGUAGGCCAGCCAACAUCUGAUGAGAGGGAAGAAGCAUUCCCAAAUCGCGGAGCAUCCCUAAAAAAUGUGGAGCGCUGGAAUCGAGGGAACAGGGUUGUAGUCCCCCGUUUGUCCAGGACUGAAGAAUAUGAGGAACUGCUAAAGGAGUACAAGCCUCCACAGAUGAACCUUCUCUUUAAAUCCUCCUACAACAAGCAAGCACCACUGACCACAGACAACUACAAACAGAUGAUGCACCAGUUCCUCUAUGACGAGGAACUUGCCCAGGACCAGAUCGUUUCAAGGUUGAAUGUUUCUGGAGAAGUGACAACAGUGGAUAGGUUGGACAGCUCACGGUUUGGAACGACAUUUGCUGCUCAAGGAGAACUGUUCUGCGUUGUCUCGAUUCCUUACAACCUAACAAUCGACAGCCCUGAAGGACUGGUGCUGAAGAACAGCAUCCAGUCAGGUCUGAUAGCUCCUUGUAACUCAAAUCAUCCAAACCUCAAGGUUUAUGAAGCCACCAUUGUGCCACAUGGAACAAGGGAAGGCCACAUCAUUUUACAGCUGUCCAAACAGUGCUGCUCUGAUCUGGCUCUCAAAAGCAACACAUCAUUCAAAAUGGAGGUGCAGUUUCAGCUGGACCGCCACAACUUCUGCACCAUGCACAAGGCUGUAGACCUCCUUCCAGAUACAUCCAAAGUCCUACCAGACCUCAGAAACUGUGGAGUUCCUGUCAGUGAUGUUACCUUUGAAAUCCCAAACACAAAGCAGCAGGCAGCACUUAGCUUCAUCCUGGGGAACUGCGAUGUGAGAAAGUCUGUGGCUCCUCUCCUCAUUUAUGGACCUUUUGGAACUGGAAAAACUUUCACCCUUGCCACCGCAGCCAGAGCACUUUGUGAACGUCCACAGAACAGAGUGCUGAUUUGCACCCACACCAACAGCUCUGCAGACCUGUAUGUCAGAGUUCAUUUUCACCCAUUUGUCACCACCAACAAUGAUGGGCUGAAGCCAAUAAGGAUAAAAGCAAACAAACAAGGGGGUGCUGUAUUUGUUACAGAUCAAAUUACGUUGAAAUACUGUUUUCUCUCAGAUGACAAACAGAAUUUUCUGCCACCUACCAAAGCCGUCCUGGACAACCACAACGUAGUCAUAACCACCACGUCAAUGGCAGAGCAUUUCCAUGGACUCAAGCUCUCAGAGGGAUACUUCACCCACAUUCUGAUAGAUGAAGCCUCUCAGAUGUUAGAAUGUGAAGCGUUGCUGGCUCUCAGUCUCGCUGGGCCCAACACCAGAGUAGUUUUAGCUGGAGAUCACAUGCAAAUGGGCCCUCGGCUCUUCUCUGUGGAUGAGGAACUUCGCUCAGAUUGCACACUUCUCACGCGCUUGUUCCAUUACUAUCAAGGUCAAAAGUGGGACGCUGCUCAAAACAGUAGGAUCAUUUUUAGCAAGAACUACCGCUCGACCCAAGAAAUAGUAGAAUUUGUGUCCACCCAUUUUUAUGUUGGUAAAAAUGAUGUCAUUGAAGCUUGUGGAAAUGUUCCAGCCCCUGAAAAUGGCCAUGCCCUGAAGUUCCAUCAUGUUCGAGGAAAAUGCCAGCUGGACGCUUCAUCUUUGACUUGGUUUAACAGACAAGAGGUUACGGAAGUGGUUGAAAUAGUGAAAGACAUUCUCAAAAACUGGCCAUCAACAUGGGGGUCCAAGGACCAACCGUCCAUCUGUGUUCUGUCUGAAGGUUCUCAGGUUCGACAAAUCAGAACAGCCUUUUCAAGAUUAGGCCUCUCUGGAAUCAAUGUGGAAAGUCUGGCAAAUGUGCAAGGCAAACAGUUCAGGGUAGUCAUAAUGACAGCCGUGCAAACACGCGACAGCCUCAACGAGUCAACCCUGUCAGGUCUACCGCUGUUCAGUGAUGCUCGUGUGCUAAAUACUGCAAUGACUAGAGCUCAGUCUCAGGUGGUCGUUGUUGGAGAUGCUGCUGCUCUCUGUUGCUUCGGCAAAUGCUCAAGGAUUUGGAAGAACUUCAUAGACCACUGCAUCAGCAACAACAGUGCUGCACCGCAGCAUUACACCAAAGAUUUCUUUGAAAAGGAUGUAAUGGAAACUGCCAGGUUUCAAAGGUCUGAAGAUGUGGAUGAAAGCAACACAAUCAGUGACACGAUUCUGCAAGAGUUAAGAGAUGAAUAUGAACAACUGAAAACAGAAUACAGUUCAGAUGAAGAGAGUGUGGAGUUUCAAAGCUUGAAUCAUCAGAAGUCAGGAGAGUCGGACAGAAUUUAUAAUGAUCAGAAAGAACUGUUGGAGUUGUGUGAAAAACAACCCGACAUGUUCAAAAGGGGAAAGUUUGUGAAGGAGUCUUUUAAGAAAGGCAUCGUCAUUCCCUUUAACAUAGGCAUUCAGGGAAUCUCAAACAUGGGGAUGGCAUUCACUGGAGAUGAAGUGGUCGUACAAACUGCGACAAAAGAACAAACAGCUAGGGUGGUCGGAAUUAUCAAGAAAGCAGAAUCUUCCCGUGAACUUGCGUGUUUUCUGGAAGAUGAAGAUCGUAGCAAGAGAAGACUGGCUACCACUGACAGAAUUGUAAAAAGGAUGAUGACACCUAUCAAAAGAAGUGCACCCAAAAUAUGCAUCCACCUCAACAAAAAACAACGCAACUUUAUCCCAGUGUGGGAGCAGACGGACGGGCACUGGACAGUGAUCAGUCUUCACCAUGUGAAGGAAGUCCGAGAUAGGAUAUUUGUAGUGAAUGUGAUUUCCUGGAAAGAGCAAUGUUUUUAUCCUCUAGGGAAUGUCACUGCUAUUAUUUCAAAGACCGGACCUUUGGAUGACAGGCUUUGGCUCCUGAAAGAGGAAUUUGAUGUUGCAACCACAGUAUUCAAAACAAAUGACGGUUUCUUUCCAAUAGAUGAAGAUUGUGCACACAGGCGUGAUGAACGAAAGGCAAUUACUUUCACCGUUGAUCCAGCUGGAGCAGAAGAUUUAGAUGAUGCCAUCAGUGUCCACGAUACUGGAAAACAUUAUGAGCUGGGAAUCCACAUUUCAGAUGUGGCAAGUUUUGUGAGUAUAGAUGGUGAUUUAGAUAUGAAUGCAGCAAAACGUGGCACCACACAUUAUGCCAGAGGACAAAAACCCAUUUACAUGUUUCCCGAAGACUUGAGCACAGGGUGCUUCAGUCUUCUGCCAGAUCAGGAACGCAGGGUGGUUUCUCUCUUGUUCAAAGUUGAAAAGGAAACAAAUGAAAUCGUUGACAAGCCUAAACUGCAGCUUUCAAAGAUCAAAUCCAACAGAAAGAUGACAUAUGAGGAGGCAGAGAAGAUCAUUACUGAAAGGUAUAAAAAGGACCCCAAGUUUGAUACAGUAGAGAACUGUGUCUCUGUGGCCUAUUGCUUUGCCAAAGCUCAAAGGAAGUCAAGGCUUGUUGACUGGGCUUACUCUCAGUCAGAUAAAGAAAGAUUGCCUGGGAAGCGUAAAGCUCAUCUGAUGAUUGAAGAACUGAAUGUGUUAUUUAACAGACAUGCAUCAGAAUUCUUGCUAGAAUCGAGCAAAACAAGGUGCUACACACCCCUCCGAUGUCAGGCAAGUCUGAAUCCUGAGAAGGUUGAAAAUUUCAAGGAGAAAUGUGGAGAGUUGAUACCUUUGUCUUUUCAUGUGCGACACAAAGUUGAGCAUCGAGAACAACCCCCAACCUUUGAAACAUUCCCUAUACUCUUGGAAGUGUGGAAAGAUAUUCAGUCAGCAGUCAGAGUAGAUGAUACUGACAAAAUGGUGGACUUGGUGGCUGCAGAUGACAUCUACCCUCUGCUUCAAUCCAUCCUUGAACAGUUCAGAUGCUGCAACAGUAAAGCUUACAUAAUACGUUCAAACUCUUCACCCAAAGCACAGGUUGGGCAUUACUCCCUCCAACUACAGAGUUACACUCAGGCCUCCUCACCUAUAAGGCGAUACAUGGAUGUCAUCUUACAGAGACUCUUGCACUCUCUCAUAUGUAACAAGGCACCCCUGUACACUCGAACAGACAUUACAACUCUGUGUCAUGAUUUUGAGAGCAGCAUACAGAAAAGCAAGGACUAUGAACAAAAGGCGGAGCAGAACUUUUAUGCAGUGAGCAUUAAAGGGCAGAGUGCAACAAAGCUAGCCUUUGUUGUUCAGGCAGAUCAGGAAGGGGACAGCUUUAAUGUGUCAUUUCCUUUCAACAGGGACUUGUUCCCUUUGAGUUUAUCAGUUAUGUACAAUGAAUUACAAUUAGAAGACCAACCAAGUUACAAUGAAGGAAACCACACCAUCACUCUCAAAUGGAAAAGACGGAUCUACGCAGCUGACACCAUGCAAAUCCACCAAGAGCUGAGUAUGAUGUCAAUAAACAGUCCGUGCAUUGAACUUCCACUGGCAGAAUGGAAUGAUGUUAUUACAGCAAUUGAAGGGGGAAACUUAGAUGAAGCGAAGUCCCUUCUAACGAAGUUACAAAAACAUGAACGGAAAAUUGCUUUUCCACGAGCAGAGGCACCGAUCGAAUUAAGCGAACACUGGGUUGAUAUCCUUCUUCAGCUGCGUCCAGGUGACACCCUUCAGGUACAAAUGACAUCAGAAGUGAAAAGAGGCAUUGAUACACCCGUCAUUCAAUUGGUACGCAUCAAACCAAAAUUUGAGAUUUGUGUGGAUCAUGUCCACAGUCCCAUCAAAUGCUUCUCCCAAACUGCUGAUGAACCUUCAAAGACUAAUUACAGGAAUACAGAGGAAUAUACACAGAUCUGGGCACCGAUGUGUGAGAUGGAGUCUGCUGCCAAUGCUGUGAUUGAAAGUGACAGCAUCACCAUUGAGAACCUGGAGGUCACCUUUUAUCAGAAACGGAGAGGCACCCUAACUGGAGAGUUCUUUUUAACUGAUGACUGGAUCAAAGCCUGGGCUAUUGAAGUCAACCUUAAAAAGUGCCUACUGUGCAUACGCAAAAGAGGCCUGAGGCUGCCUCCAGAAUAUACCCCAGAACAUUAUGCUCAUGUGGACCCUAAGGAGUUUACAUGGGUAGCUCAUGGUGUUACAACAAACGUGGAAGAACUGGAAAAGACUGGAAGCAAAGUGGACUUCUACAUCAAUCACCUUCCAAUGGAGACCAUUCCUGAUAGCAUUUUCCAGAAAAAAGCUUCUUUCACCGUAGAGAUUAUUCCAAAGCUCCUGCCUGACAUCCGGAAAGAAGCUGCUGUAAUCAACUUACCAGAAGCAUGCGACCUAGUUAGGAGAAUAGCACUUGGAACAAAAAUUCCAAAGAAGGUAGUACAAAGCACUGUGCCAAAAUGGAGAGUUACCCGCCUCAAGUUACCGGUUGAACUACCAGAGCUUAAUGACAGUCAGUGUAAUGCUGUAGUAGCUGCUCUGAAUAAUGCCUUCACGCUCAUACAGGGACCACCCGGGACUGGGAAGACAGUCGUAGGUGUUUACUUGGUCUACUGGUUUUUGGAGCUGAACUCCAAGACCCAAAGAAAGUUUGAUGACCCAAAGGAUAAAGACAGACACAAAAAAGAAGUCAUACUUUACUGCGGCCCGUCCAACAAGUCUGUUGAUGUUGUUGCAGAGUUCUUAAUGAAGUUGAAGAGCCUGAGGAUCCUUAGAGUCUACAGUCAAAAAGUCGAGUCUCUUGAGUAUCCUUACCCAAACAGCGUCCUGCAGUUUUCCCCAAGGACCCCUCGCCAAGAUCGCUCCAAGCCAGAGCUCAGGAGCAUCACUCUGCAUCAUCGCAUGAGAAAUCCUCCAAACCCUCAAGCAGGAAAAAUAAAGGCAUUUGAUGAACGAAUUAAACGUAAAGAAGAGCUGACUGCUGAAGAAGUGAAAGAAUACAGACUUCUUCUCAGAGAUGCUCGGGAAUAUGAGUUCAAACAGCAUGACGUCAUACUGUGCACAUGCACACAGUCCUCUACACCCGGCCUCAUUUUCUCAGUCAGUGCACGGCAGAUCCUGAUAGAUGAGUGUGCCAUGGCCACCGAACCCCAGGCGCUGAUUCCUUUGGUCUUCAACAAACCAGAACAGAUUGUUUUGAUUGGUGACCACAAACAACUACGACCAGUUGUGAAAAAUCAGAGUGCAACAAAACUUGGAAUGUCAGAGUCCCUUUUUGAGCGCUACUACACAAAAUUACAUGAAAACAGGGCAGUGAUGCUGGACACGCAAUACAGAAUGCAUGAGGACAUCUGUAAGUUCCCAUCCGAAGAAUUUUAUGAUAACAAGCUUAAGACUGGUGUGGAGCAGCCAUGCAGUGUGCUUCAUGUUAGCGACAGGACAAUGCCAGUCGUCUUUGGGCAUGUAGAAGGAGAGACUGUCCAUUUAGUGGUGAAUACUGCGAAGGGCAACACCAACUCCAAAGCCAACAGGAAGGAGCGAGACCAUGUGACAAAGAUCGCCAAAAUGCUUGUGGAGAGAGCAAAAGUGGACAAGAAAAACAUUGUUAUUCUGUCACCCUACAAUGCCCAAGUGUCAGAGAUUCAAGAAGAGCUGCAGAAAAUGAACCUGGAAGGAAUCACAGUUACCACAAUCACCAAAAGUCAAGGGAGUGAAUGGUGUUACGUCAUUGUUUCAACAGUGGUCUCACUUCCAAACAAAGACAUUGUGAAGGAUCCAGAUGGUGCCUGGUUCUCCAAACAUAUCGGCUUUGUGGGAGACCCCAACCAGAUAAACGUGGCCAUCACCAGGGCCAAAGAGGGACUGUGCAUCAUUGCAGAUAUCACUCUACAUCAUCUCUCCAGCCAUAACCAACGGAUCUCUUCUCCACAUCGUCUCAUCUGCUCAGCCAGCCGACCCUCUCUCUCUCUCUCUCUCCCUCUCUCUCUCUCUCUCUCUCUCUCUCUCUCUCUCUCCCCCGCCUGCCUCACUUAAUGUUUUGGACCCCUCAUCAUCCCCACUCCACGUCUCCAAGGAUUGGAUCCUGUUUUGAGCUCCUCUCCACCUCAGGCCAGACCUACCCUCUCCUCUGCAUCUACACCUCUCGACCAUAAAGUAAACAGCUCCACCUCUUUUACUGUUUUGGGAUUGUCUGGGCGCGACGAGACGUGUGACAGUGUGGUGGGAAUCUCCCAUUUGGAAACAAAACCUUAUAAUUCAAGCCUAUGGACAUGAAUUGUCCAGUAUAUAUGUCGAUGGUCAUCAUCAGAUGAACGAGGUGGAUUAAAAGCAGCAGAAUAUUUGCUAGCUGUGUGUCACGGCUGCCAGCCUUGAGUGAGGAGCAGGAGCCAAGAUCACAAAGCUCCAGUGAAUCAGCCUGACACCGCCCCUCCUUCUCCUCUCCCCCGGGCUGCUGAGGAGCACAGCUGAACUGAAUCUACCUGAUGAAGCAAACACCUGCAUAAAAGGGCUGUGCCUUCAGCAGUCUGGGAGGCAGCAGUCCAGGGGUUCUGCUGUCCUCCUGGUUUUUGUGUGUUUUCAACCCCUUUCGUUUAGACACAUUUGGAUUUGUUGGAGUUUUAAACUGUGAUAGUUUUAACGCUUAGUGAUAAAGUUUGGAUGAUCCAGGGGGGUCAUUUUUGUGCUCGGUUUUUUGUAAAGGUUAACUUGGUUUGUGCAAUUUUACUGACUUCGGUCUUAAAGGCCUUCGUGUGGGUAAAGCUUUUAAAAUAAGCUUUUACCAGGUGUUUUAAUCAGUAAAUUGUUUGGGACUUUUAUCAACCUCAGGCUUUUAGAACACCUUCGUUUCGGUAAACUUUUAAUAUAAGCUUCUACCAGGUGUUUUUAUAGUUGAUAAUUCGUGAUGUUAACCUUUUAGAGAGAUCUGUUUGCUUGUGUUUUAAUACCUUUUGUACGAAUAAACCCAUUUUAAACUCCGCC